AUCCACCAGCUAUGGUAAAAAACAAAUGUCAUUGUGUGGUGAGGUGAUGUGUUAGAGCACUUUUAAAUGCUGUGGAAAAGGAGACAGCUCAUCUAACUGAGAAAAGCUAAGUUCAGAAGUCACUCGUUCAUACCUCAUUCGAUUUAAUAGUUAUUUCUUUAACCUUGUCUGUUUUAAAUGAAAAGUAAUAAAAACAUAUAAAACCGCUUUUGACAAAUAGUCAACAGGACAGAGCUUAAAGUUCCCGUGAACCGGAAGUUGCGAUCGUUUUUACUUCCGUAUUCUGACACACUUCCGAGUGAAAAGGAAUUUCGAAGGAGCAAUGUAGUGGGCGUGGCUUGCGCUUUCACUGGGAAUUGAUUGGAUGGAUAAAAACAGGCGUUGGAUUUUGAAAUGAAACUGGCAGCAGACUGAUAGUUGAAGGGGAGGAGUUAACAGAUGCUCUGCCGAAGCCGUUUAGUGCACUUCAUUUGAGAUGGACAUUUAUUGCAGGGCAGAAGUGCAUUUUCAGAUUUUAACUGAAGAUUAUGAGGGUACAUGAAUUUUAAAAAGAAAAGGACCCACAUGGAUAAACUAUUUUAAACGCUGCAAUAUUUCAUGAUUUUUUUAUUUCACUGGGACUGGGGAAAAUAAAUAAUUUGCUAUCAGCCUGAUCUUACCCAAAUGUAGUUAAAUAUUUUAUUAGGGGGCUAUUUGUAUAAAUUUCUAUAAUGUCAAAUGCGAUAAUGGUGCCACACCCCUAACCCCGCCCCUACAUUUGUCCGUCACUAACAAAUAAAAUAUACCACAGAAUUUAAUGAAUUUAUAUAAAGUAGCCACCUUACAAAAUAGUUUUCAAAAUAAUUCUCAAAUAUAAACCAUUUAGAAAGGCUUAUAGAGUAAGUAGCAUUAGAUAAUGAAAAUGACAUUUCAUGCAGUGUGUUAUGUUGCCGUGUUUGAGAGUAAGCAGUCUGCCAAGUUGUAAGUCCUAAGGUGAAUAAAUAAAAAAGUUAUUAGCUUGUAAAAAAGUGAGUCGACUUUGAAUCACCCAAACGAGACUUGUCACUAACCGCCGCGUAUCUACGUCACUAAACAUAGUCCCGCCUACAUUUUGCUGGGACUAACGAGAAAACUUCACUCUCUCCUCCCCAAAAACACUGUCGCUCGUUCGUGAUGUGUGUGCCGUCUGAAACUUGUGUUCUGCGUUGUGAAACUAAGUGCGUCUUAUUUAAACUACCAAAUGAAGAACUUCUGAGGAAACAAAGGUUACAAUUCAUUUUCAAAUGACCCCAAAGGAGUAUAACCCCAGAGUUUUACUCUGCGCGCACAUUUCACCGAAGAUUGCUUCAAUAAUUUUGGCACGUUCACUGCAGGAUAUGUUAAAAGACGAUCCCUGAAAGAGGGGGAAUAUCAACCUUAUUUGGACCUGUUAGCUCCACCGAAUCACAACAUGUAAGUGUGACUAUUUACUUUCGUCUGAACCUCAAGAAAUAUUUGUGUACCUUAUGUCUGUGUUUAGCUAAUGCAUUUAACGCUAACGUUAACAUGUACCGUUAUGUCUGGGGUAUCACAGUUUGUUUAUCUAGCUAUGAACUCGGCUAAUUUAAGUGUUCAAUCUAUUAUUGUCAAUCUAAUAUCUACUAUUGCCUUCCGAUGUUUCUUCGUCAGACUCAGGCUCAAAAUGAUAAGCUAAAAUCCCGGCCAUCUCUAUCUAUACACUGUAUAUAAUAUAUAACAUGUAAACCGUAAUCCAGCAAUGAUGGUAGGCGUUCCAUUUGCGACACACCCGUGAAACGCGCAGCUGACACACAUUAUCAUCACUCGCUCUCGUCCCACCCUUGCUCGUUACAAACGCGUUUGACCAAUCACAGCAGACUACACCAUCUGACCAAUCACAUGACACUAGGCUAGCGGAUAGGAGGGGAUUAGACGGAUGAAUCGCGGAACGAUUUGAGAGUCAGUCAAGAAGUAAGGUAGGAAUAACUGCCUAUUAUUACGACAUAAUAGUGUUUUUACAUCUUCUAUGUACAUAAACUUGUUGUUGGACACUCCAUAAACCAAAGUAGGACCUUAAAAAUCAUAUGCUACUUACUCUUUAACAGAGCUGGUGAAGAUCUCUUUUAAAGGACAUACUGUUAAUGCAAUAAAACAUACAUCACUAUGGGUUUAGAGGUGUAUAAAGACAUUGCAUAAUGAAGCGUCAUGUUUCCUACCUUAGAAUGAGCUAUUUCUAUCUACAUACUUGUUGUUGACAUGUCCCCAUGUUGUCUUUAAAGUAGCACUAAACAGACAAACUGCUCUACAGAACGUGUUUCGUAAAUACGUUAUCUCAUUCAGUAGCCAAAAGCGUGACAAAAGAUCUCGGGAGCUCUUGGUUGAUGUUUGUAGACAAAUCUGUAACCGAGGGAAUAAGACAUGAAUGAAUUGCCAACAACUGUAUUUACAGACAACAGAAACCCAUGUGUGGGGGUGUGCUGGGUAAUUUACUCAGAUUUUCCUGUUGUUCAUCGAGUUCAUCUGGCCAUCUCGCGGCACUCUAUCCGUGAUUAGGGGCUAAAUGGGUCUAUAAUUCAUUUAUUUUGCAUGCUGAUGUGCAAGGCUGACAGAUCUAAAUCCAUCUAUGAUAGAUGAGUGACUUUCUCUUUUUAUGGGAGGAGGAUGUGCAGCAUAAAGGAAGAUUUCAAAUCCAAAUCGUCUGGAAAAUGGCAGGGGAAUGUGUUGUGUAUCUGAGGCAACAAAAUAUAUCUGGUUGUUAUUCAACAAGGUAUGCACUGACGUUCUUAUCGCACUGGACGGUAAUUUAGAGAAGAGACUUUGGGCUUAAGGCCUGGUGAUUGGAGUAAUGGUGAAAUUCGAUUAAACUAUCAGUCCGUGAAAUUUUAUUUCUCACAUUUGAUGUUGAUUUUAAUGGUUUUAUGUGAGUUUGUCUGGAUCUAAAGCACCGCUUACCAUUCUGAACGCCUAAUGUCCCUGAUAAUGUGCUUUUUUGCGGUUUAACUGUGUAUGUGAUAUGAUAAGACCAACUUUCCCUAAAGUAAAAAAUAAAAAUGGAUAUCUACUUUGUCGGCUGAUAAAGAUAUGCUGAAGUAACAUCUUAGAAAGCUGUUAACUCAUAAAUUGUGCUUAUUACAUCAGAAAGAGGCUGACCACGCUUCUCCUUUAUUAGUUUGCGUUAGGGUUGUCACGGUACCAUAAACAUGUCUUACGAUACUAUUCAAAUCUAUACAAAAAACACAUUUAAAAUGAAACAUUUUGUAUUUACUAUAAUAAAUUGUAUUAUACUUUGCACUAGAAUAUGUUAUUGUAUUAACUGUAGUAAUUGGAUAAAUUGUAGCAAAACUGUAUUAUACUUAAAUAUUGACUAUGGUAAAACUAAAAAUCACUAGUGUCUAUGAGUUUAGUAGUUUGCUGUAGUAAAUGCUAUAAAGUUCACUAGAUCAUUUUUUACGUGGGAACUAAUUCAAAUGUGGGACAAAUUUCAUUUGACAAAUUUCUUACUUUAUAUGUAGAACUAUCAAUUUUCCACUGAGUUAGUGAAUCAUUUAACCAACUCGUUCAAAACGCAAAUUUGAAUCAUUAUCUCGUCCGAGUCAUUACAAACACAGGAGAUAAACACCGCAAAAAGGAGGUGUAAGUGUUCAAAUGAAUAUUAAUGCGCUUAUACAACAUUAACCACGGUACUACAAUACUAAAUGCCUAAAUGUACUACCAUUUCAAAAGUCAUCAUGGGUGUUUUGAAUUUUUAGCAUCGCGAUACUUGCGUAGCAUCGGUACACCGUGCAACCCUAGUUUGUGUUAGUCCUUUACUAAAGCAAAGCACCCUAACAUUUGUUCAGAGGGAAAUUAUUGGUGGAUAGAGAUGUUGUUAGUCUUAACCCCAAAUUGCACUCCCAAAACCUUUACCCUUAACACCAGAUUUGGUGGAUUACGUAGGCUUCGGUUUUCAUUUUGAAACCUACUCCAAAUGAUUCAUCAUCAACUUAAUGCAACCAAGAUGUGAACUUCUCUCAGUCUUGUUUUCUGUGACAAAUGGUUUCUUUUCACGUAAUAGUACAAUGGAAUCACGUUCUCUGAUCAUACCAGUGCCUGUUGUGUAUGAAAGACUGACAGCGACUGGAAUUAAACAUAUGUCCUGGAGGCCACUCUCUUGUUCCAUUGUGUGCCAAAACCACUAAUCCAUUCACACCGUUCUGCUGGGGACGUAAUUGGACUGUAAAAUUGUGAUUUAAAUGCCAUGGCUGGGUGCUUGAGUAUUGACCGAUGAUCGUCUAACUCUCAUGACAAAAUGUCAGCUGCUAUCACUGUCUGAUGCCUAGGGUUUGGUGAACUUAAGUGGUUCUUAUGGAAACAAAAGCCUAAUUUCAUGCAGCAUGCAGUUACCUACAUGGAAUCACAUCCAAGUCAGACUUUAAUGUUGGAUGUCAUUGUUCCACCAUCUUGUCUUGUUUAUUCUUGGUCCUGGGGCGGAGCCAUGACAUAGUCCAAGGUUCUUUGUGGAGAGAGCGGUUGGACCUUAGAGAUCCUCUCUCUCUCUCUCCGUGUCUCGUCUGUGUUUCCCGCCCUUUUGUCUCGUUAGCCUUCCCAUCAGUGUUUCAUUACCCACACCUGCAUCUUGUUAUCAUUCUGUGUUUGUUACCCUUUAAAUCAUCCUCAUGUUCAUUGUCUUGUGCUCGUGAAUUUUACUAUACCGGUACUAUACCUGUACUAUACCUGUACUAUACCUGUACUAUACCUGUACUAUACAUGUACUAUACAUGUACUAUACAUGUACUAUACCUGUACUAUACCUGUACUAUACCUGUACUAUACCUGUACUAUACCUGUACUAUACCUGUACUAUACCUGUACUAUACCUUGUUCUCUGUCCGUAGUUUUAAAGUUGUACCCUAUUUCUGGAAUCCUGUCUUGUGAGUUACCCUUGUCAUUUGUUCUGUGAAGUCGAUGUCCCUUGUUAUUAUUACCUCGUGUCCCGUAAGUUUAGUUUAGUGUAAUGUAUUUCUAAGUGUUUGUGUAGUCUAGUGAGUCCUUGUUCUUAUUUCAGUUUAAAUAUUAUCCUGUCCUGUUUUCCCCCUUGUGGGUUUUUGUUUUGCCUUUUUGUCUUGUUUAGUAUUAAUAAAUAUCCUGUUAAACCCCAUCCGUGUGUCUGGCUGCACUUGGGAUCUACUUCCCGUUCCACACCGUGACAGUUGGACACAUGGGAUAAUGCAUUUUUUAUUUUACUGGGAAUAGUUACGCAGGCUUCAAAAACUGUACACAGGGCAGUGAACAUGCCGGCUAUCUUGGUAAUGUCAACUGUACGGACAAAGACUGGAUAUUACAGUAAGAAGGUGGUCCAGACGGUUACAAUUUUUUUGGGAAAAGUUGAACUCAAUAUGGCCGCUUUAGCAAAGGAAGUCCAGCCUUGCAGUAACAACUGCCAAUCAUAAAUCAUUAAAGACUCAUAUUUCUCAUCUCUGAGUGUUGUUAAGAAAUGUACUUGCCAGCAUUAGUGCUCAGGAGGAGCAACCCUGAAGUUUUUUUGCAAAUUAACAGUAAAUGUCAAGCUUAAUUGCUGGGUGGAAAUAUGUCGGUUAUCGGUUUUUAAGGUAUUGGCUUUUCCUCCUUGAGCUAGGAUGGUCGGGCAUGAGUGAAAGAGUUGAGCAGAGGGUUUUAAAUAAAGGAACUUUGAUUUAGCUCCUCAAACAGGAAAAAACUAAAAUCCUCACAAAGACACGCACUCUGUUUCUGUAACACUUACUCCACAUUGAAUUACUAAUACAUUCUGACAAACUUAAUAUAAAAUAUAAGAUAUUUUUCAAACCGGUCUGGCUAUGAGUGUGCACAUUCUAAAGAUCUAAAGCCUCUGCAAUAUAAAGGUUGGGCUGCCUUUACUUUUAGCCAUCAUGUUGCAAUCUCUCCCAUUUUUCAACAAGAGGUUUCUUUGCUCUUUUCACAGAUAAAGGUGUGCAGCCUAAGAUAUGGGUUUCGGUAGAACAAACUGUCCUGGUGCUAAGAAACAACAAAUGUGGUGUCCAUUUUGCUACACUUGGGUACCGUCCUUUAAAAUAUGAAUGCAUUAUAGUUCCUGUUGAUCAAGAACAGCUCUAAUAUCCUUUCAAAGCGUCCAAUUGGAUUGUGACCAUCAUCCUGAAGUGACCACCACGCAGUUGAAUCCGCUUCCACUUUCCUCUCAUUUUCCAACCUAAUCUCUCCUUAAGAGCGCAUUGGUAAUUGAUUUCAUUUGUGCAACACAAGCUAAUAUUCCAUCACUGCUAGCGCUGACCUUUGGAGUGUGAAGCACUUAGUUGCGCUAAUUCCAGCGCCAUUAGAGAGGCAUUCUCUUCUGAAACCGCCUUCUGCCACAAGGCAAUAAUGGGUUAUCUGCUUAGCCUGUUAAAUGAGGUGUAAAAUGAAAUGGCACGUGAUUUGUUUUUCAUACUUUAAGCCAUUUCUUAAGCAGCAGACAGCCAUGUUUGCUAAAUGAAUCUACAUUAACUUUGUUCUUCAGUCAGGCCUUGAUAUUGAUCCACGGUUAAUUCGGAUUAAUCAUACGCGUCAAAAGUGCAGAAGAUCACCAGAACUUUGUUUAUAGGUGUUGAUGGACCUUAGGGUAGGUGGCCCUUAUCUCCAUUGUGUUUUAUUUCAGCUUUCUCAAGUGAUUUCGUGACAGAAGUAGCUGCAGUUGAGUUUUUAUUUAUUUAUGCUAAUCUUUUCACGGUGUACCCUAUCUGCGGCCUAAGAUGCUCAGACUCCAGUCCUCCCACGACCCUGAAGAGGAUAAGUGGGUUUAGAAAAUGGACUGAUGGAUGGUUAGACAUGCACAAUAGUGACCUGAUGGACACCUUGAUUGUAAGUUAUUGAGACUUUACAUAAGAGACGUGUUACUGCAAGCUUGACAAACACUCUGUUUAAAACUGUAAUCAACAUCACGUACUGUUGAUUAUUAUUAUUACUGAAAAAUCAUUGCAUAAGUGUCAAAAACCCCAUACUAUAGCUUUGUAGAUUUUAAAAGGCAGUUCUGACGUACAUAUAACAGUGUAGUUCUGGUGAUUCCCAGUUUAAGCUAAUUUCAGGGUUUUCUCUUAAAAGUUUUUUUUCUGUGUCUGUAUUUUGUUUCUGUCCUGAGGGGAAUGUUUGGUGUUAUCCAUCUACUGUUAUCAGUCAUCACUGAGGGGUCAAUAACAUCUUUACCCAGGGAUCAGGUACGUUGGGCUCCUGCAUUAAUAUCUUGUCUUUUCAGUGUUUUAUUAGUUUUUGAUGUCAAACCUAAAAGCCUUAAAACAUUAACCAGUAUUACAGCAAUCAAUACAGCAAACACCAAGGGCACAAUACAGGGAGCGGAGAACACAGUUUUAAAAGCCAUCAUUCCUUCAGCCCAUAUUCUGCAGGGCCAUGUGUUUGUUAUAAUUGGUUCAACACACGUGUCAGAGUGCAGGACGAGCAGUUCGAUGCCAGGAGAGCGAUGACGGCUUCAUGGCCUGGUUCUCUCGCAUUGGUGACAAUCUGAACACUUCCAUUGCCCUGAAAUAAAAAAUGCUCCAAGAAAUUCUCUAUUGUUGAAGGUUUCUGUAGAGAUUUGUCUGACGUGUCUUGUUGAUGAUCACUCAAAGUGCAAUCUCUUUCAAGGUCAUGCGCUUUUGAACAUUUAAUACAGAAGUCAUUUAAUAUGUGGUAGCAUGGCUUGGUUGGUUAAACAGCCCACCCUCAGACUUCUAUUCUUUGACUGUAAUAGAACCAAACAUUUUAUGGAAUUGAAUAUGUAUCACUGUUAAGCUGCUUUGCAACAAAGCAAAAAUGUGAAAAACGCAAUUGAAUUAAAUUUCAAUUAAAGUUUGUGAAAAGGUACGGUGGCCGGGAAGUACAAAACAACAAUACGAAGUGUGAAACACUUUUACGAAGCUCGAGACAAAUUUACAUUUUGGAAAACAUUUUUACCUUUCAUAAAACACAAUUACAUUGGAAAAACACUUUUACCAAGGGCGAAACAAAUUUACAUUUUAGAAAACAAAUUAACAAGACGAAAACACUUUUACCAGUCCCGAAACAAAUUUACAAAGACAGAUUCUUCACGGAAAGGGAAUGUACCACACAACGGAAGUGACGCGGUAAAAGGUGUUGUUGUUGGUGAGCGCGGUAAAUUCGUGUUGUGGUUGUGGAGUAAAUAAAGUUUAUGGUGACCGAACAUGGACUGCGGCUGAGGGAUGUUUUGCGGCAAACACGUGAGCAGCUUAACGCGGUUUUGCUUUACGUGUGGUCGGUGUUUGGAGUUUCUAAAGAACACGGACCAGACGGAACCACCAGACAUACUGCAUCAAUAUGUUCAAUAUUUUAACAAAGGCCACUCGUACGCUGUAAUCGUGGACAUGAUGUCAAGUCUACACGGUGUAAACAUCAGCUUGAGGACUCCUAAAAGUAAACUGUACGAAGCCGGGUUGUACCGCAGAAAGGAUUAUUUCUCUCCAAACUCCGUGAGUAACGCCAUCAGAUUGGAACUUUGUGGACCUGGACAACUGUUUGGCUACCGCACGAUGUGGCAGGUACUUAAACAGAAGUACAAUUUUCGAGUGAAGAGAGAUGAUGUCAUGAAUUUGCUCCAGGAGCUUAAUCCUCGAGGGUGUGAGAGCAGAACACGCAGAAGGUUUACAAGAAGAACCUACCACUCCAUGGGACCUAACUAUAUGUGGCACGCAGAUGGUUAUGAUAAACUCAAGCCAUACGGUUUAUCCAUAUCGGGAUGUGUAGAUGGAUUUUCACGUAAAGUACUGUGGCUUGAAUGUGGACCAACAAAUAAAAACCCAACAGUGAUAGCUCACUAUUUCAUGUCAUGUGUGCGAAACCUCGGUGUCAUCUCCAUGAGACUGAGGACUGAUUGCGGCACUGAGAACGGCAUAAUGGCUGCAAUUCAAUGUACGCUACGCCACCAUCACAGUGACUACUACUCUGGCGCGUCCAGCCACAUGUACGGCUCAUCUAUAAAUAACCAGCGUGAGUCCUGGUGGUCUAUAUUUAGAAAGGGAAGGUCUCAGUUCUGGAUGGAGUUAUUUGCAGACCUUAGAAAAGCCGGAUACUUCAACGGGAGUCAUGAGGAUCAGUGCCUAUUGAGAUAUUGCUUUGGUGAUGUUAUUCAGAAGGACUUGGAUGAGUGCGUGAGACUGUGGAACAGUCACAGGAUUCACCCUUCCAGAACAGCAGCAUGUCCAGGAGGAGUGCCCAAUGAACUCUACUACUUACCACACAGGUUUGGCUCCUCAGACUGCGGAUUUCAAAUUGAACAGGCUGAACUGAAUGCCCUUCCUGAGGCUAGCCUGUCAAUAACUCCUUGUGGGGACCCAAACAUGCAGGAGUACUUGGACUUUGCCAUGGAACCAAAUCAGUUACAGAAGCCAGAGAACAGGGAGUCUGCAUCAGAACUGUACAUGAACCUAAAAGAAAUGGCUCAGCUAUGAAAUGAUCAAAAAGGGAGGGGUUUUUGUAGUGGUGGAAUAUUGCUGCCUGUCUGAAUACAAUGUUUAUGAAUCUGUCACCCACAGCUUAAUUGUUUUUAAGUGUGAAGUAAAUUAAUCAAAGAGUAUAUAAAAUAUUUAUUAAUUUUUUGUAGUAUAGAAAACAAAACUUCUUGAACUACUUGUUUCUUUAUCUAAAACAGUGAUUCACAAAGGGAUCCCAGUUUGAGAGUCACGAAUCUAAAACAUUUUCAAAAUGUAAUGUCCGUCUCCUACCUGUUAUGAGAAAAAGUGACUUAAUUUGUGGAUAUUCCAGAUAUAUCAGAAUUAUUGUAUAGUGAAAAAACAGGAGUGCUAGUCAAAAGCUGUCAUAUUAGAUUGCUGUCUGUUGGAAAUUCUUCACAUUGACAGCAACCGGCUCUUGCUCAACAUUUUGUGAAUACAGGUCUGUGAAUUUCCUGUUGGGAAAUUAUCAUUUCCAUGUUAAAACAUCUUACAAACAAAAAUGUCCUCCCCAUGUAAUCAGUUUAAAUUAUGUCAGUCAUUAUGAUUUUUUUUUUUUACCUGUAGCAAGAUUUCUGUUUCAAGUUCAUCAGAGCGAAUUCUCUGAUCACAUCAACAACUUAAAGAUAGAUUAUUUAAAAGUACUCUCAUGAAAUUUGGCAUCUAGCCUUCGUCAGCGAGUCAAACGGAUGAAAUGAGAGACAAAGGGUCUUUUCUAGUGGCCAAGGUGUUCUGGGCUAGAGUGGGGGUUUUAGACAUCUUAAAACCAGCAGGUGUCCUUCAGGCCUACGGUCAAAUCAUGUAAACAUUAUGUAUACACCAAGAUACAGCCAAGAUUCAUAUUUGUUGAUUACCACUAGAAAAAAAAACAUUGUCUCUAAUUACAUCCCCCCACUUCAUUCUCAAAUGUUUUUUUUAAUGGUUUGGUUAACUUGUCAUUUGUGUUUAUUCACCUGAAAGAGCUUAUGUUAUGUUUUAGGACACACCAAUAAGCUCUUGCAGGUGAAUUAUGUAAAGCUCACACAAGCAGCUGUGGGUCCUUUAGGUACGGAGCGAGGGGGCACUUCAGUCAUUUACAGAAACAGCCGAUAGCAUGUAGCAACAUUGAGCUUAUGUGCGGUCUUGCUGUAUUUCCAGGUGAACAAAAGUGGUAAAACAUCUCCAAAAAAGCAAUAUAAAUGUAUAAUGUGUAUGUGAAUAAGUAGUGAAAUAUCUUCUAGUAGUUUUAUCACAAUUUUGUGAGUUAAAUGGAAAAAAAUGUUAAAUUGCCCUUUACCUGGUAGUGAAAGCCCUGUAGCCCAAUAAGAUAUGAGUUAUUAUUAUUAUUUCCAGUAAAGAAGUAAAGAAAUAAUUUCAACCCA